UUUGCCUGAGUUGGCUUCUCACCAUGUCUUCUCACAAGACUUUCAGAAUGAAGCGAUUCCUGGCCAAGAAACAAAAGCAAAAUUGUCCUAUUCCUCAGUGGAUUCAGAUGAACAACUCCAAGGGAAGACACUGGAGGAGAACCAAGCUGGGCCUGUAAGGAUUCACACAAUCAAUGGCAAGACUUGAGAGUUUGUACUGAAUCAUGGUCAAUGGUCAAUGCAAUGUAUGCUGCCAGAUGGAGUUCAACAUUUUUAACCUGGAGACUUGGUCGUAUUUAAGUUGGGAAUAGUUUGUCCAGUAAUAAACAAACAGAGCCUUUCAAAAAAAAAAAAAGAAUAAUUAGAUAAACAUAACAGAACUCCAGAGACAAAGCCUGUGUGAGGCACCCAGGAAAUGACCACAGAGGUCACAUUUAGGUGGAAAUGGCCACCUAAAAUGCCAGAAUGGACA